AUGGGAAAUAUCUCUGAACCAAAUACUGCUUCAUUGCUCCCAAACAAGCAAGGCACUCUCACUCUUGAUGAACGCCCCAUCCCCUCACCUGGCCGUGGCGAACUCCUCGUCCGCAAUGAAUUUGUUGCUGCCAACCCCUCAGACUGGAAAGUCCAAUCAUUUGGAGUUUUAAUCGAAGAAUUCCCAGGUGUACUUGGCAGCGAACUCGCUGGCACAGUCAUCUCAGUCGGACCUGGGGUCACACGCUUCAAGCCAGGCGAUCGCGUGACGGGCUUUGCCACUGGAGUAAUCUACCCUAAUAGCGACAAGGCAGCGUUCCAGAAGUAUACUAUCAUGGAUGAGGUCGCGACUUCUCACCUGCCUGAUAGUAUUUCAUUUGAGGAAGGUGUUGUGUUUCCCGUUGGUAUGAUCACUUCAUCUAUUGCGCUUUUUGAUAGUAUGGGGCUGCUGAGGAGGAAGAUACGCCAUGAGGAACGUGGUGCUAUCUUCAUAUGGAGCGGUGCUUCAUCAACUGCGAUUUCGGCACUUCAAAUUGCCCGAUCAAUGGGAUGGUCUGUAUAUGUGGCUGCGAGCCCAAAGCAUCACGAAUGGUUGAAGAGCUUGGGUGCGGCAGAGGCUUGGGACUAUCGCGACCCGGAUGUUGCGAGGAAACUGAACCAAGCUGUUGAAGCGGCAGGACUAAAGAUUCGAGGCGUUCUCGAUGCCCGAUCUGAUGAGUCUUCGUUCAAUUCCAUCGCGGACAUACUCAACACAGUCGACUCUUCACAGGGAAUCAAGCUCAGCACGCUAUUCCCAUUUCAAAGCGACAAGGCCUUGCCCAGUGGAGUUGAAGUUAUUCACACGGACUGCUCGCGAUUCACUGAACAAUAUCCCGACAUUACGAAGUGGCUCUUCGAAGGAUGGCUUUACGAGAAUCUCCAAGAUGGGGCUCUCAAAAUCGCCCCAAGACCUCACGUCAUUGAAGGUGGCUUGGGAGCAGCGCAGAAGAUGCUUGACAUCCUCAAAGCUGGUGCAAGUGGCGAAAAGUUCAUACUCAAAGUGUAA